AGGGUCUGUCCAUGUCACUCUCCCCGGAAUAUCUACAGUGACACUAAACAGUCCCCACAAACUGGAUAAUACUACUACACCAAUGGCGGUUCCAUCUUCACACAAACAAUGCCACACACUGCACUCUGCAUCCAUUUCUCUUCCCCCUCCAUUUUCAACAAAUUCAAACCUUUCAAACCAAUCAAUGCCUCGUCGCACCAGUUCUCCAUCAGCAACGGAGCUCCGGCUGCCAAACCGUUUAAGAGCACCGGCGUCGUCAUAGUCGGCGCCGGACUAGCCGGCUUGGCCGCCGCCACACGCCUCCACGCCGACGGCGUGCCUUACCUCCUCGUCGAAGCCUCCGACGCCGUCGGCGGCCGCGUCCGUACGGAUUUCGUCGACGGUUUCACCCUCGACCGCGGCUUCCAGAUUUUCAUCACCGCUUAUCCCGAAGCUCGGAAGCUUCUCGACUACGAUUCGCUCGAUCUCCGGCGGUUUUACUCCGGCGCUCAGGUGUUCUACGGCGGUCGGUUCCACAGCGUGGCGGAUCCUCUGCGCCAUUUCUCCGACGCGCUUCAGUCUCUGGCGAAUCCUAUCGGCACCGCCGUUGAUAAGGCGCUGAUCGCACUGACUAGAAUCAGGGUUUUGAGCAAGUCGGAUGACGAGAUCCUGACUGCCGACGAGGUACGGACGGUUGAUCUUCUGAGGAGGAUCGGAUUUUCCGAUUCGAUUCUGGAUCGAUUUUUCCGGCCAUUUUUUGGCGGGAUCUUCUUCGACAGAGAGCUUGAAACGACUUCUCGACUGUUCAAUUUCGUCUUCAAAUGUCUCGCUCUUGGGGACAACACUCUCCCCAGGAAUGGCAUUUCCGCCAUUCCUGAGCAAUUGGCAGGUAAAUUAGACCCUAAUUCUUUGUUAUUGAAUUCCAGGGUUGCAUCGAUAGAUUAUGGAUCAGAUGAAGGGGCAGUAGCUGUGAAUUUAGAAAAUGGAGAGGUGUUGAGGGGUGAACUUGGAGUGAUACUAGCAAUGGAACAGUCCGAAGCCGGCAAGCUUUUGUCUGGAAUAAUCGAGCCGCCUCCAGCGAAGAAGCCUGUCAGAAGCACUGUGUGUUUGUAUUUCACAGUGGACAGCGACAGGGUUCCGAUCAAAGAACCGGUGUUGUUUCUGAAUGGAUCGGGGCAGGGGAUUGUGAACAAUAUGUUUUUUGCAACCAAUGUGGUUGCUUCUUAUGCCCCUCCUGGUAUGGCAUUGGUGUCUGUAUCACUUGUCGGGUUGUACGACAGUGUGCCUGAUGAAGAGUUGGUAGAAGAGGUCAAGAAGGAGUUGUCGGGGUGGUUUGGGCCGGCUGCUGUCGGGUUGUGGAGGUACUUGAGAAUGUACAGGAUAGGAUUUGCGCAGCCAAACCAGUGCCCGCCUACCGAUUUGUUGAAGGACCCUAAAUUGAAGCCUGGAUUGUAUAUAUGCGGGGAUUACGUAACUAGUGCGACAUUUGAUGGGGCUUUGGCUUCGGGGAGGAGGGCUGUUGAGUCGUUGAUGAAAGACAGGGCUCUUGCUAAAGUAUGAUCUUUAUAGUUUUGCUGCAAUCCAGGUUCUGUGUUUGUUUGUUUAUAUCGAAUUUUUACAUGAUUUAUUAGUGUGAUCUUACAGAAAUUGUAUCUGUUCUUUAAUGCAUGUGUAGAAGGUUUAUAUUAUGUUUGGUCAAUAUGAAGGUGGGAUUGUACAUAGUUGUCGAGAAAUUGUGAAAUUGUGAGAAUUUCUGCAAUUAUGUUCGCUGCAUGACUUGAGAGUUGGCAUUUGAGAAAUGAGAAGCUUGAAUAUGAGGAAACUACCAUGUUUGUUGUACUGUUUGCUGCAUUGCCUUGAAGCUGCAACUACAUAUGA